CCUCUGUCCUGCUCUAAGAUGGCCGCCACCGUCCGAGCCCCCCGUAGCGGCCUCUGGCCGGCCCAGAACAGGAGAGCCCUCCUCCGUGGGACCAAACGGGCCUGGACCCCGGCCCCUCUACAGGAGGAAGGGCAGCGGGGAUCCGAUUCCAAGUCAGACAACCUCAAGAGGGACAGUAUUCGGAAGUGGCUGGACUCCGGUUUUUUUUCAUCUGCAAAUGAAGAUUUAACAGAAGCCACUGACCAAACCGGUGAGUCAAGGGAAACAGGAACCAACUUGGCUAUUGUGGGAGGUUCUCUGAGCGAGCAAGAAAUACUUCAGGCGUCAGCGAAAGGACAGAGGAGUAUCUCCAAAUGGCUGGAACUUUGGCAGAAAGACCCCGAGGAGAUUCUCCUGAACCUGGGGUUUGGGGCCGACGAGCCGGACGUCUGCACCAGAAUCCCCGUCCGCUUCCUCCGCUGCCACUCCUCCGCCAGGGGGAUUAACAUGAGGGUCUUCCUGGAGGCGCAAAAGACACGCUUCGACAUCGAGAGUCCGGAAUUGUGUGAACGCUUUCGCCAACUGGACAUCCUCGAUCACGUGACGAGCGUCUUCUCCUCUCUGCUGAAUGACACCGGCGCUCCAGGCCAAGGGGAGGGUGAGGAAGAAGAGGAGGAGCGGAGGGUCCAAGAAGCCCCACGUGAGGGGCAGAGACGGACUGGCCAGGUCUUGAGGAGGGUUUCCAACCGUCUGACUCGGCUAGCCCUCAGCCAGGGGCCCCCGGAGACCCCUACAGGACGCCAGGGUGGGGCCAACUUUUCAGGCCGCCAUCUUUUGGCAUCUUUGGCAGAGAAACGCUGUCCCACGGUGAUGGAGGAGGCCGGGGAUAGAGGAGCCUGGUGCAGGACUAUCCCAAAGCCUCUUGUGCUGUCACCACCGCCCAACACUCCCGGCGGGCCCAAGGCGACACCCCGAGAUCAGGCCCUGAGCGAGCCUAGUCUUCCUCUGCCGCCCGCCUUCCGGACCAUUUCCCGCCAUGGGUCGAAGCCCCCGGACUCCUUUGAAAUGGAAGAGAUCCAGAGCUUCGAGGAGGAAACUGGGAUCUCUCCUGACUUCUUUUCAGGGGCUGCAGGGCCCGGAGUGACGAGAGCCUGCAGCUGCCAAUCGGACAGCAGCGGUUUUCUGGAGGAGCCUCUGGAGUCCUUCUCGCUGCGGAACCCAUCGGCACUGGGCGGAGGGAAUCUCAGCUGCAGCGACGGCCGGAAACUGGCGUCUCUGUACCCCGACUCUGAACAGCCCCGAGCUGUGUCACAGGUGGCUGGGGUCCCCUCCCCAAGCACGGCCCUUGGAUCCACCCGGGACACGAGGGGCUCCCCCCCUCCAAGCUCGGGCCCGAGAGUCCGGGGAGAGAAGAGCUUCCUUUUAACUGAGCAGGGUGACGCUCUGUUCCGGGCCAAGGAAAAUCCUCUGGCCUGUCCAGCCCGGGACGGAACCUUGGUUGGACGUGUCCAAGAUGGCCAUCUUGACAUCAAGGCAAACCCUGGAUUUCAGCUCCUUCCGUGCCCGGUCGUGGAUGGAAAAGACGAGAGAGGCCUAGUCAUCUCCUACUAUGACUGCUUCCUCGGGUUUACCGUGGCCCAGGUGAUAGGAGCGAAGGAAGAAUACCCUCCCCCAGAGGAAGAGGGGAAAUCGAGCCCUACUCAUCUUCCCCAGAGGAAUCCAGGAAGUUGGAUGGGCAAGGGCGGGGGCGAGGCGAGCCCUGGCCAAGAAGUCCACUCUCUGCCCGUCUCUGACAUCUUCCUCGUUCCCGACAGCCCUCCACCCACCUCCCCCCUGAAGGCAGCUGGGUCGGGGAACCCAUGGCAGCAUUUCACCUCUCCCACCGGGGCCAUUCAGACACCAGAAGGUGCCGAGUUCGGGCCCCCUGGAAACCCAGGACCGGCCGCUUCGAGCAACCCCAAUCUCCCCACGCCCGAGACCGGGGCCUUCGUCCCAGACCCCGACCAGACCCCGACCCCCAUCAGGUCGGUGACGAUCCAGAUGCCGUCCAGGUUGGUGUCGGUCGUCCACGACGGACCCCGGCGUUCGGAGAGGGCGCCGGGCCCAGCCGUGGGAGGUCGAGGGUCAGGAAACCCCACGGAGACCAGAGACAAGGCGACGCAAACGGAGAAGCACGUUCCCGGCGGGGCCCGCUGUCCGAACUCCAGGCCCCACCAUCUCCCCAGGUCCAUCUCCCUGGACAGUGGCACCCCUGGGGUGACUGCCUGUGUCCCAUGCCCAGGCCUGGGGGCCCGGCAGGGCUACAGGAACCACUGCAGCCGCCACCACGGUCCCACGGCCUGGCCCGGCCCCGAGCCUCUUUGUCACCUGGGCCACCGGUGCCCUCGCUGUGACCACCUGGAAAUGCAGCUCGCGGAAUCGCUGCACAUCCUGAGGGAGACCGCGGUGCCAGAGAUCUCUCCGGACACGGCGGCGAUGAAGAACUUGUGCCAGACUUUCCGGGAGCAGCUGGACGAAGCCGACAGGCACUUUACCCUCCAACAGGCCGUCUUCGCCGGGGCCGCGGAAGCUGAAAGAAGGGAGGAGUGGCGGUGCUUGCAGGCCCUUCGCCAGGCCGUGCGGCAGGAGGUGGCGGAACUGGAGUUCCAGCUGAACGAUCGGGCCCGGCUCGCCCGCGAUGGGAUCCUGAUGCAGCUGGAACAACUCCUAGAGGAACAAUCCCGACUCUUAGCCACCCUGCACCUCCCCGACUGGAGAGAAGAAAGCGAGGCACAGAUUCGGGCUCCUCCGUCAGAAAUCUCUGGUCCUGCAGGGGUUAGCGGGAAGCAGCUGGGGGCUUCGGGGUCACCGAACCCAGCCUCUGGCCACUCUCCCCCCGAGGGACGAGGUGUGGAGGAGCCGGCUCACCCACCCCCAGCGGCGGGGCCAGGACCUCGUCCAUCACCUGAUCCGUGGGGACGACCCUCCGGUGGGCAGGAAAUCAGCGGCCCCGUCCGGAACAGGGAAGGACCCCCACAGUCACCUGCACAAGGUGAGGAAAACGUUCAGGAGUCUGUUUGGUCAUGAGGCAACUGAAGGAGGAAAACGUCACAGACCCCGUCUGGAAGUCUUUACGGUUUUGACAUCUCCCUUCUCUGUCAGCUCUGAAGAGACUUUUUUUUUUUUUGACCAAGAUGGGCUUGAAACAGAUGGAAAUAUUGGUCUUUUGGAGAGACCUCCAAAGGAAGAUCCACUAAAGGACCCUCCCAAGAUCAAGAGGGUGCAUCCAAGAGUAAUCGAUAGAAGGAAUGUCCACCCCUCCCCACAGCGGACAGGAUGGACCUUCCCCAUCUACGACAUUAGGUGUAGACCCAUUGAGCCAAGUGGAUGAAGGGGAAUCCUACACUGCGUCUCAGUAAAAGACAUUUCAGAGAAUCCUAGAAAUCCAGACCUGUGGAGGACUUCAUCCGGUUCAGCCCCCCUGUAUCCAGUGAAUAAUUAAUGAUAAUAAUAAUAAUGAUAGUGAAUAAUAAUUAAGAUAUUCAGAGCAGAUGGGCAUCUGCUCUUUCUUUAAGAAUCAAGCUUAGAGACUCAGAGGUGUUUCUCAGUGGCUCAAUCUCGAUGUCAGGAGGUCCUUCCUUAUGUCUGGCCGUCGUUCGUCCUGCUUUCAUUGGCGUCCCUUUCCUCUGGUUCGGUCCCCAUUUGUCCUGGAGGUCAGAUGGUCAGCCUCAAGAGAAACUUAAUGUUCUUGCAGAUUAGAAAGUCAGCCCCCUUUCAGUCUCCUCUGCUUUAGUCUCCUUCACCUUUCUUCCCGGGCCUCUUUCUCCCAUGCUUUGGUCAUUUUUACCGAUAUUCAUUCACUAAGGCCAAUUUCUCCACUGAGCAGUAGCUAACACUGAGGAGCUUACUUACCUUUGGUUGGUGUAUUGAUACUAAGCUCCGGGACGGGCAAGCCAGUUAGGAUGGAUUAGGGAAACAGCCAUCUUGUCCUGUCACAAAGCAAGGCUCUGAAAUCCCUUGGUUUCCCAUCUCAACCCUCCCUCCUCCCCUUCCUUACAGCUUCCAAAAUCAAACUUUUGGAUUGGGUGCUCACUGUGUGCCGAGCACUGUACCGAGGAGAGUACAAUGAGAGAAACAUUGGCAAAGCAGAGAAGCAGCAUGUCCUAGUGGAGAGCAGGGGCCGGGGAGUC